CGCUCUUCAUACAUCUACACACUGCGGACUGUAGCUGGAAGUAUCCUCGAUAUGCCUGCUCAAAAUUUCGCUGCAUCGUUCGAUCGUGCAUCUGUCCAGCAAAUGUCGGAUGCGAUCAGAUGGAUUGCAGGAAAAGGGAAGGACUUCAAUGUGCUCGACGCACCCGUUAUCUACCCAGAUCUUAAGAUCAACGCAAAGAAGGCAUUCGGAAACUGGCAUGUGAUCGGCAAGUUCAUCAAAGUCGCAAUAGCUGGAAAAAUGUCGAUCUAUUCUAAGGCAGGACGCACCGGAGGCGCGAACCCCUACUCAAAGCUGUGGAAGCUGAAAGGUUGCACGCCAGGUUUGAUCGCAUGUGGUGUGACUUCGCUUGUUUUUAUUCUAUCUCCUGAUCAACAGUUCCCGGGAUCGGGCGUUGGCGCUAUCUCGUCGAUAUCUUAUUCCAAUGUUUUCAGAACGGUGAAGAAAUUUUUCGUCGCUCAGUGGGCGCACCCACGUGUUCAAGCAAUUGUGAAGAAUCUCAACAACUAUGUCUUCAAAGAUGUCGACGAGAAAUCUCACGACCUCGGCCAAAAUGUGGACGACGCUCAGGAGGACCUUGCUGAUUCACUGGAUCGGGUGAUGGCAUCCUUAGACAACGAAGAUUCAUCGGAUGAUGAUCUG